AUAGAAAAUAAGAGCAAAGAGGAAUUUUUAAUAAAAGUCAACGUUUCGUAGUUGGCAACAUUGAAAAGUGGAUUUUGGUUGGAGAUCAUUUCUAAAAACAUUUUCCGAGAUUUCCACCCAAAUUGUGUUGGUCUAAAAUAUCGUGCUGAAGAUCAUGGCAGUUCGACUAGCUCUUUUAGGGGUCAGAGCCAUCCGCACCCCAAAAACUCCAGUUGGUGCUAUGUCAAUGAGCGGUCAUGGUAGUGGAGCACCAGACUAUUUGAAAGAUAUUGGCCAACGUGAAAUAGUAGGCUAUGGAAUUAAUGGCAAUCCAGUAUACACAGACCGAACAGACUUUCCUAUGCCUGCUAUUCGAUAUAAGGAACCUACACCAGAUAUGAUGUCACUAAGAGAGAAGGAGAAGGGUGAUUGGAAAAAACUUAGUUUGGAAGAGAAGAAAGCUCUGUACAGAUUUUCCUACUGUCAAACAUUUUCUGAAAUGAAAGCACCAAGUCCUCAAUGGAAGCAAAUUGCAGGAGUGGUUCUUAUGUUGGUAUCAGCUGGAUUAUGGUUAUUUUAUGGAAUUGAAGAAUUCGUAUACCCACCUCUACCUGAAAGUUUCAAGGAGGAAAACAGGAGAGCUCAACUCAGGCGUAUGAUUGAUCUUCAAGUAAACCCCAUUCAGGGACUCGCAUCCAAAUGGGACUACGAAAAGGAUGAAUGGAAGAAAUAAUUAUAUUUACCCUAUAAUAAUGUGAAUAAUUGAAACCAAUAAAAUACAUUGGUAGUUGACAUAGGAAAAUGUUUUCCUCCUUUCAAUUCCACACUCCUAAAUUAGUUAUUUCAUGAUACUUACUUCAUGUAUGUAUAUAAGUAAUAAAUUUUUUAAACGAA